AUGUUUUUUUGGUUUUUUCCUGCACAAAAUGGUAAUAAACCUGAUACACCAGUCAUGCUUUGGCUUCAAGGUGGUCCAGGUGCAUCAUCACUUUUUGCUCUAUUUACAGAAAUUGGUCCAAUUUAUAUUGAUUCAAAUGAAAAUAUUCAAUUACGUGAAAUAACAUGGAAUACAAAUUAUCAUUUACUUUUUAUUGAUAAUCCUGUUGGUACAGGUUAUAGUUUUACAUCAAAUGAUCAAGGUUAUGCACGUUCACAAGAUGAUGUUGCACGUGAUCUUUAUUCAGCAUUAACACAAUUUUUUCAAAUUUAUACUGAUUAUGCAUCAAAUCCAUUCUAUGUUACAGGUGAAAGUUAUGGUGGUAAAUAUGUUCCAUCAAUAACAUAUAAAAUUCAUGUUGAAAAUCAAAAUCCACAAGUUAAAGUUAAAAUUAAUUUGAAAGGUAUGACCAUUGGUGAUGGUUUAACUGAUCCAGUUAAUCAAUAUAUGUAUGGUGAUUUUCUUUAUCAGAUUGGUCUUGUUGAUUUAAGUCAAAAAGCAUAUGUUGAUUUACAAACUGCUCUUAUGCGUUAUGCUAUUGAACAAGGACGAUAUAUUGAUGCAUUUCAUCUAUUCGAUGCUCUUCUUAAUGGUGAUCUUCUUAAUACAACAUCAUAUUUUUAUAAUGUAACUGGUAUUAAAAAUUAUUUUAAUUACUUAUUAUCAGACGAACCAGAAGAUCAAGGUUAUUUUGUUCCAUUUGUAACUCGUGCUGAUCGACGAAAACAAAUUCAUGUUGGUAAUUUAUCUUAUGGUAGUCAAAGUGAUACUGUUGAAAAAAUGUUACUUAACGAUGUGAUGCAAAGUAUGGCAUGGAAAGUUGCUGCUAUAGCUAAUGCUAAUUAUAGUGUAAUGAUUUAUAAUGGUCAUUUAGAUAUAAUUAUUGCUUUACCAUUAACAAUGGAAUGGAUUAGUCAAUUAACAUGGAGUGGUACUAAUGAACUUCGACAAGCACCACGAACAGUUUGGAAAGUAGCUGAUACAGAUAAAGAAAUAGCUGGUUAUAUUAAAACAGCAAAUAAUAAUCGAUUUUUUCUUGCUACAAUACGUAAUGCUGGUCAUAUGGUACCAUAUGAUCAACCACGAGCUAUGCUUGAUUUACUUCAACGUUUUUUAGCAGCACAACCAAAAUAA